AUGACGGCCAACUUUGACGAGUUUAUGUUUAUGGCUUUAAAGGAGUGUAAGGGUAUAGAGGACGUCUUGGAGAAGUUUUUUUCCUUCCUCAGAAGACGUACUGACUUCUGCCACACAGUUUUAACCCCUGAGCAGUUGAAGGAAUUCGGUCUAGAUGACUCAGUGAACUCCAGAGGGUUUAGGCCGAAUCAAAUGCGGGACCUGGUGAACAAGAUCAUUGAGGAUAAUAUUCUACUGUAUCGUAGAACUAAUCAGCCUUAUUUGCUACCUUCAAACUGUAGGAGUGACUCCUCAACUCAAAAUUUUAGUUCUGAUAAAACCAGGCCCACAAAUGAGGCUGAGAAUCGAACUCCAAAUCCUCAUAAAUCCGAUAAAAAAUACACUGUCAACACCUGGAACGGCGCAGUUACUGAGAAAUACGCCUGGUCUCAGACUUUCCGAGAUGUUACUCUUGAAAUUUUAUCCCCAAAAAAAAUAACCACCAAAGACGUUUCCGUCCUCAUCACCAAGGACAGGCUGACUAUAAAUCUUCAAGGGCAGGUGUUAAUUGAUGGAGAGUUCUGUAACAAGGUUAACAGUUUCGAUAGUUUCUGGAGUAUUGAGGACGGCUUCAGAAUUCUUCUCAACAUUGAGAAAGCUGAGGAACUCUGGUGGGACUGUGUUAUCAAGGGUCACGAAACCAUCGACACUCAGGAAAUUGAGUCUGUAAAACGUCUAGAUGAAUUUUCUUCCUCUGAACAGAAUGCAAUUUUAAAACUUAUCAAAGAUCACAAGGAAAAAAAUAAAUUUCAAUAA